AUGGUCCUCUCCCGUCCCCAGAUCAUCCGCAUAUCCCUCCGCGCCGUUGGAGCCAGCGCUCGACGACCCAUCCAACAGGCCGGACGCCGCACCUACGCCUCUGCCGCCGACAGUAAGAACAUGAAGAAAUCCAGCAACUUCCGAUGGCUAAUGGCCUCCGUCGGCCUGAGUGUCCCCGCCGCAUUCUACAUAAUGCAGACCGGGCCCGCCUCCGCAACGCCCUCGCACGGCCACCACGGCGAAGGCAGACUCACCGAGAUCCCGCCCGUGAAACCCGAGCAAAGGCUGGAGAAGGUGCCGGAGAACACGAAGCCUUCCUCGAUUGACGAGGCUGCGAGUCGGAAACCGCCUGCCGGGGACAACACCAUGUCCACCAAGCAGGAGGGCCUUGACAAUACGGAUACGGCCAACCCGUUCGUGGCGGAUCCGGGCAAGAGCAUGAAGGGCGAGGGCGAGACGGAUUCGGUGAAGUUGAAGGGGACCAUUGACCCGUCGCGACCUCAGCGGUAG